GACUCCCAUACUUUGACGCCCGGCAUUUCUUCGCGGCGUCGACUUGUCGAUAGAGCGAACUCUCUGUUGAAGUUUUCAGAUUCUGCGCUAUGCCGAGGGUUCAUCAAACUGCACUGCCGCUCCAACGCACUGGACCAAGCCAGACGACAAGUACAAAUAGGCAUUUACGAUACUUGUGUAAUCACCCGUCGCAUCUCGAUAGGCCGCACGCCGUCUGGCAAAAUCAAUAGGUGUUGACCAGAACAGAUGUCCUUCAUCAUCCAGUCUCUCAGCAAAGAUGCGGACUUUUUUAAAGACGCCAAGACGUCUCCCACAACGGUCGAUGGAUCAGGUCAGACGGUAUACUGGCAAAACUGCUCCGUCUUGGUUUUUGAGAAGGGCAACCUAACGGAUCGGAAGGGAAUAUGCGACGGAGAAGGAGAAGUGCGGAAGGGCCUCACGGUAUGGUUUGGCGGUGGUGGGAAAGUGAAAGAAGAAUAACGGGGGUUUAUACUGUGGAACAAACAUCAUAUCAGAGAAAGAGCUUGUCUUUGAUUUGGGUUCCUUCCAACAGCCCCAGAGAUACAUAUAUGACUGCCCCGUUGCGGGCCUGAUGCGAAACCACCAUCGACACAGAGGAUGUCCGUUUCAUCGCUUGCUUGACAUCAUCUUGAUGCGCAGGACUCGCUGUGAUCGCACGAUCAGUUUCAGAUCCAAAAAUAUGAGGAACGACUUCGAAGCAGCCCCCUUGCAGCGUAAUGCUGGGAUGGGGCAGUACUUUCGUACCGCCAGGCAGAAGGACGUAUCGAAGUCCUUCCGUCGUUUCCAGGCGCACAUCGAACAACUUUUGGGCAAUCCAUUCCACUUUAUUCUCCAGGAUCUCAAUUGCCAUCUGGCAUCCAAAUUUAUCCGUAUAUGGAGCUCUCGGAAACGUCAUUGAGAUGCCAGCUACCAAGCCAUUCUCAUUGAUUGGAUUUGGAAUUCUCUUGAUCGAGUCGGAUAGGGAUGUCGGAAAGAGGCGUGUGGCCCCUUUAAGAGACGCGUUGACGAGUACAUGCUUACUCUCGGCGAGGUAGUUGAGGGGGUCGUCUGGAUGUAGGUCCAGCUCUUGGGGACUGCAAUCGAGAUUCGUCAGGUGGAAGGCCGGAUCGCCUGGCAGGAAUGUCGGACUAGGUGUGAUGGGACGUCCGAUUCGGUCGUCAUUGUUAUCUGCUGUCCCUAGCCCAUGUUAGGAAUGUGGUAUAAUGUUGGGCAGACUACUCACGAGGCCUCUUGUUUGAUUUUUGGGACAUGCUCUUCGUCUGACAUUCGAUCCUCGUUCUGCGCACUUGCUCGACCUUUGCCGCAACAACAGGGUUGAUUUUGCAAGUAACUGUCGUUGCUAGCGACUUCAGGUAUUCAACUGGUCGGUUCUCGAGGUCGGCGAUCAGAUCGCGAGUGGCAGCUUUCCCUGCAAAGCGAGAAGACUUUUCCACGUCACCCUUUGCUAGAAGGUAUCCAUACCAGACAGGGAAUCCGCCUUCCUUCAACAAGACGCCUGGCACAGAUUUGUCUGCAACGUGUUGUGCUUCCCUCCAUGAAUCCGCCAAUCCUUUCGGACCACGAUCAGAAUCUUGAAGUUUGAGGAGAAACAAUUCAACAUGUUUUUGGAGCUGCGUGUCUGGGAGAGUUGGUGUCUGUGAAUCACCAUCCAUGAUCUCGGUGUUGGGGAGGCC